CACAUUUCCACACAUCUGAACAUCCACUGACACCACACCCACUCUCUCAUCAUUAUCGCCUGUCUAUCAACUUGAUUACUAUCCAUCGUCAUAAACAAGCAUUUGAAAUUCCCGAGAUUCCCGUCAAUCCAAACUCUAUCCACGUAGUUGGGACUCCCGCACCACUCCUCGUACCCGGAUCCCCCGAAAACUCAAUCCACAAAAACGCACUUACCACCUUCACAUAAUGAAGACUUCCCAACUCCUCCUCCUCGCCACCCCCAUCCUCGCCGGCGUAGCCCCAGCUACAACCGCCGAACAGUGCGGAUCCCUCGGCGUAAUGGCCUACACCGCAGCAUCUCUCGACACCGCCGUCGCCGGCGGCAGUGGCGUCGAUGCCGCACACAUCCGCAUGUGUCAAGAACACCCCCUGGGCCCGGCCCCCCGACCCGAACACGCCGUCGGACCCCGUCCGCAAGCCUCUUCCUCGACUCUCUCUGCAGACGUCGACAGCAAGGAAGGAGUCAACUCCACCGCCGUGAGCCACUGGGGAUGGGGCUGGGGGUGGCGGCACAGCGGCUGGGGAAAUUGCUGGGACAGCGACCCGGGUGACUACGGGUGUUCGAGCGGCUACUGUUACAAGGCGUGUGACGGUGAUGGCAGGUGGUGCUGGACUGCGCGGAAUAGGGGGUACGGGGAUUGGAAGACGUGCGAUACGAAUUCUGAUUGUGCGAAUUUGGAUGAUGGAGGGUGCGGGAGGGAGUCAGUCUUCAAGUUGAAUCUCAUCGAAGCGGCAUUGAUUAUCAACUGUGGGUUUCCUCCCUGCUUGUGA